UUACUGGCUUCUGCCCUUUCUGGGUCACUGCUGGGGAGAUGAGGAGCGCGAGCGGCACGAUAAAACCGCACUCCUGCCGGAGAGCCACGGGCGAGCGUGCCGGGAGCGCCCACCCACCGGCUGCUCCCACCCUGCCCGCCUGCGUCGCUGGGUGAAAUCACCGCCUCGCCUGCGCGGAGCCGCGGACAGGCACGUGUCGGCGGGCGGGCAGGGGCCGGGAGCUGCCGCCCGGAGCUGCCGAGAGGAGCGGAGCGGGAGGAACUUUACCCGAACUCGGGCGCUGAGGGCUGCGGCGGCGGCGCCCCGGGGCGGCCAACCCGCUCGGCGGAGCGCGGCCCGGCGCUGUCCGCGGUGCUGGCGCUGCCCCGGCUGCUGGCGCCGUCUCCGGUUCCGGCCCGGUCCCGGCCCGACUCCUUUCGGAUGAUGCAAUCGGCGUCGCCCUCUGCGCUCCCGUCCCCGCGCCUCUGAGCGGAGCGGAUCCGAGCAGGGCGGCGCGGCAGAGCGCGGGAGCGGAGCGGCACAGCGGGCGGCCCCGGCGGGGACAUGGGAGCGCCGCGUUCCGCGCUGCCCGGGCGGCUGCCGCCGCGGGAGUCGCUGGAGCCUUUCAGCCCUUAGCGCGGGCUGCGGGGUUUCUGCAAGUCAUCUGAGGCAGCGUCCCCCGCAGCGCGUUCCCCCGCUCUCCCUUGGCCCCACUCUCAAGGAACCCGAUCGGAUUUAUUUGGGAUUUUUGUGCUUUUCCCCUCCCCCCUUUGUGCUGUGUGUCUUGUUUUCUGGUCACCUGCCGUGGUUAACUUUUUUCAUGACUCGGUUUAACUCUCGAGAUCUACACGAAUGUUGUUAAGAGCACUUUUCUUGCCUUUGCUGUCCCUUGCUGGGAUCGGAUCUGAUACUAUCUGGACUCUAUGUGCCUGUAUGUGUGUUCUGAGUGUCUUGAAAUUUUGCUUUCCUUUCCAAGAGCUAUGCAUUAUUUGUAACCAAGAAGACCAGUGAAUUACCAUAGGCUGGGCUUGACCUUGAUUUUGAUGGCUUUGUUGGAAGAUCUAAUGAUGUGAUUGUGUUUCACGAAGGGAUUUUUCUCCAGCCCCAGUGGCUUAGGAUAUAAGACACUUCUAUCACAUUGCUACUUAUGGACAAUUCAGAUAUUUUUUUAGACAUACCUUUUGGAUUUUUUUUCUUUCCUUGCUUCCCCUUUCCCCCGUUUCACCUUAAUACUGGAGCCUUAUUCUAGACUUUGAUGUGACUGACUAUCCUUCGUGCUACUGUUUUCUUUUUUAAAGUACAAUGGCUCUAAGUGGCAACUGCAGGACUUACCUCCCUGCCCGAGAGCAGGGGUCUGGGCUGCAAUCCUUCCCAGAGGUUGUGGAGCUAAACGUGGGUGGCCAGGUUUACUUCACUCGCCACUCCACCUUGGUUGGCACCCCUCACUCCUUGCUGUGGAAAAUGUUCACCCCAAAAAGAGACACAGCCAACGAUCUGGCCAAGGACUCCAAGGGAAGAUUCUUCAUUGACAGAGAUGGUUUCCUUUUUCGCUAUAUUCUGGACUAUCUCAGGGACAAGCAAGUUGUUCUGCCUGACCACUUCCCUGAAAAGGGAAGGCUCAAGAGGGAGGCUGAGUAUUUCCAGCUCCCGGACUUGGUCAAAAUCCUGACUCCUGAUGACAGCAAGCAAAGCCCCGAUGAUUAUUGCCACAGUGACUACGAAGAGGUCUCCCAGGGCAGCGACACGAGAAUAUGCCCCCCUCCAUCUCUCUUACCAUCAGAUCGAAAGUGGGGAUUCAUUACCAUUGGGUACCGGGGUUCAUGCACUAUUGGCAGGGAGAGCCAAGCAGAUGCCAAAUUCAGGAGGGUCCCAAGGAUUUUGGUUUGUGGAAGGAUCGCUUUGGUCAAAGAGGUCUUUGGAGAAAGUUUGAAUGAAAGCAGAGAUCCAGACAGAGCUCCAGAAAGGUACACCUCCAGGUUUUAUCUCAAGUUCAAGCAUCUGGAGAGGGCUUUUGACAUGUUAUCUGAGUGUGGAUUCCACAUGGUGGCCUGCAACUCCUCUGUGACGGCAUCCUUUGUCAAUCAGUACACUGAUGACAAGGUCUGGUCCAGCUACACUGAAUAUGUCUUCUACCGUGAGCCGUCCCGCUGGGCCUCAUCCCACUGCGACUGCUGCUGCAAAAACGGCAAAGGCGAGAAGGAGGGUGAGAGUGGCACAUCCUGCAAUGAGCUGUCAACAUCCAGCUGUGACAGCCAGUCGGAAGGCAGCUCCCCACAGGAGACCGUCAUCUGCGGCCCCGUCACGCGACAGACCAACAUCCAGACGCUGGACCGCCCAGCCAAGAAGGGCCCCGUGCUGCUCCUGCAGCACUCCGAGAGCCGGCGCAAGAGCGACCUGCUGCGGACGCUCACCUCGGGCUCCCGUGAGUCCACUGCUGGCAAGAAGAAGGCUGUGAAGGAGAAGCUCUCCAUCGAGGAGGAGCUGGAGAAGUGCAUCCAGGAUUUCCUCAAGAUCAAAAUCCCGGACAGGUUUCCAGAAAGGAAGCAUCCCUGGCAGUCGGAACUGCUGCGGAAGUACCACCUAUAGGUGGGAUGGUACCCAUUGCUGUUACAGCGGGAUACGGAGCGAUACGGAAAUAAUUCCUGAUAGUAAUUAUGUGUUAGGUCACAAAGAAAAAACCAAUCCAUCUCUAUAAUACUGCCUAAUUUGCCUAUCUCACCUUAACAUUUAUAGUUGUAGGGUAAUGAUAUUUUUCCAGUUGUGGAAGCACAAUGACAAAUGUUUUUCUAUGUCAACUCUGAGUCUUACACAAGCAGAGUACCUUAAGGGCACACAGGGCUGGCAGUGUGCACUGCUUUGCUCUCUGCGGGUGUGCAGCUCCGUGUCCGGGGGCAGCAGGGCUGUGAGAGCAAUGUGCUGGGACAGCAUUGCCUUCAGCGCCUGGGUGUGGGUGUGCACACAUAUAUAUGUGUGUAUAUACAUCUCCAUGUAUAUAUAUGUAUAUAUAUAUAUAUAUCAGUAUCUAUUGCUGACAGAUUGCCUGGCUCCCUCCUGAUCACUGCACUUUCUCAGGAAAGAGCACUGUUAGCAGCUGUGGAUGGUCGGCUCUUUGCAAUCUCUGUGGGCUGCAGCAGAACCCCCUCACUCCAUCUCUCCUUUCCCUUUUCUGAGGCACCGUGAAUGCAGUUCCCUGCAGACAGGGACAGGGCUCUCUGUUGCUGUGUUCCAUGUGUUUCUGGUGCUCUCUCUCCAUUGCCCCUCACCCUCUCUGUGUCCCUGGGCUCUGUGGGGGCAGUGGGCUCAGCCCAUGCAGGUGGCAGGGCAGGCACAGCAGGCUCCCAUCUGGUGCAGAAGAAAAUACUGGAGAUGAUCAGCCUGAUGAGACGUGCUUAAUGCUCUGACUGGCAGGGAAUGGGUCUUUGGGUCAUCAGCAGUGCUAUGCCAGCUGUGUGCAGUCCAGAGAACUGGAAAUGAACCGCAUGGAGUGUCCCUGGGGCUGUGGAAAGGGAAGGGUGCAGAGUGGCACAGCUGCAGGGGGGAACAAGCCUUGGGGUGCUCAGAGAAAUGAUUCUACAUAUAUGGGGCUGUGGGAAUGGAUGGCUCAUCUCAGACUUAUUUAGCAUCUUCCAGGCUCCAGAGCUCCUGAAUUUGAGACCGCCAUGGGAGAUGAUGUCAGUGUGCACAAGUUAUCAUUGCUGAUCCUAAGGCAGUUUCAGUGAGGGGCUCCUCUGCGCUUGCAGGGCUCUGUUGUUCCCACAUCAGGGAGCUUUUGUUUUGCCAGGAGGACCAUAAGGGCUGCAUAAACAGAGCAUCGUACCCAUGGUGUGGCUGUACUGUUUUGGUGAGGGUGCACGUGGGCCAAAUGAUUUUUUUCCCCUAUACUUUUCCCCUAUAUUUUUCUCAUGUAUGCACCACAAAGAUGCUUUACAGUGCUCUGGUGGACAGGCUGUGGGGUUUUAGUUCCAGCCUGGGGCUUGGUUUGUUCCUUUCUUUGCAAAGCAGUGUGCAGAGGGCACCGCUGGUCUGCCUGGUACUGGCAGUGACUGUGGGAGCUGGGACCCCCAAGUACCCCCAGGCCCAGGAGGGACCCCCUCCCCCUCCCUGCCCCACAGUGCUGUUGCAUGUGGUCUGAGUCCCUGACAUGUCAGCCCCAUGUGUACCAUGGUACGAACUACUUGUCCAGUCCUAUGGAUAGAUUAUGCCCCUGCGGGGUUUUGUAGAUUAAUAGUAAAAAACAACAAUGACAACAGCAACAACAAUGACAACAACAACAAAGCACUUUUAAAUUAUUUAUAUUAUAAAAAGACAUUCUUUAUUUUUCUCGGCAUCGAUAUCACUUAGCUACAGUGACCGGUUUGUAAGAAUGCUACUGAAGAUUUUAAUCUAUAGCAAUGACCGAGCAUGGGAUGCAGCUCUGGGGGCCGUGGUGGGGGUGGGGGCUGUGGGUGGUGCCUCCCCAGUCCCACUCAAAUCACAGCCCAGAGCUCACAAGGCACGCAGUGACUUCGCCGCGGUGGAGUCCAUCUAUUGCACAUCGACGUAGGUUAAGUGGCACCCACCGAAUUACCUCUUCUACUCUCCGACGUGGUUCACUUGUAUAUAAGUGUAAUGUCAACUUGUUUACAGGUUACUUUGUGCUUAAUUGUGGAAGAAAAAACUAAAGUUUUAACGACAAAUGUCAAGGAACCAAUUUGACUGGAAGGUGUUUAACAAUGAAUGUGCUUAAUGCAGUAUAGACAUCAUUGGUUGUGGUCUCACACGAAUGCAUGUAUCUCCGUGUCGUCAGUCCCCACCAGUGAGGUUAUUGGCAAUAUUCUGCGGUCUGUGAAUAGCAAAUACGCAUACACUGCUGUGACUCUGACAAAUAUAACUCAGUUACUGUUUCUACUGUGGUAUGUAAAAAACAACAACAACAACAGCAACAACAAAGUAGCUUUUAGCCUGCUGUAUUUCCCUGGGACAGAUAGCACUGAGAGAGCAUGGAAAUGGGGAGAGAACAGCUGUGCCCGAGCAUGGCCUGGGGGCUGCCAGGAGCUGUGUCCUUCGGGGGGGCACUGGGAGGUGCUCGGGGGUUGGGGCUGUUGGUUGUAGCAGGGAGCUGAGCUCUGGCUUAGGAGCUCAAUAAGCACAGAGCAGUGGUGAAGAAAUGGGUCCUACACGGGUGGGUGUUAGCAGCGUGCUGAUGGGAGUGCACACAUACUGUGAGAGCACAGGCAGAGCUAAGUGGGUUGGUGCCCUUCACCUGCCACAUGCACACACAGGAACAUGUAUUGGGUGCCUCCAUGCCUCCUUGCCUGCUGUGAUCCCACGCUGCUCCACGUGUACCAGGUCCUAGCAGAAUGGGGAUCACUUUCCCCCAAGGUUUUUGGUUUUGCCCCAUUUGUACCCACAAGAAGCUGGAGGCAUCACAAACAACUGUGAGCUUCAGUUCUCCUCCCCUCACCUUAAGCAGAGAUGGGAGCACCACCACAGCCGCAGCUUAUCUGGAACAGCUGGCACUGCAUUGGGUUCACCUGAUGGAGCAUCCCCAAGAACAGCAUGGCGGGUCUCCUGUGCUCUGCAAUACACCCUGUGUACCCUUGUGUGCAAUACACACCAAUACAUUGCAGGGAUGGGGCAGCUGUGGUUGGGGUAGGCCCACCUCUAUACCCCCUGCAGGGCCACGCUGUGUGGCAGCUGCUGGCUGUGGGCUUCUGGUCAUCCCCUCCCUGAACGAUUUCUCGACGUCACUGCUUUGCACCACCACAGCUCCAAUGGGGUCAGAAGUGCUGGGGUGGAAGAGCAAAAGGAGCAGCAGCCGAGUGCCCGUGUGGCUGCACAUCCAGGGAGGAGGGUUUUGAAAGUAUUCUAGUCUUUGGCUGUUCAUCAGCAGAGCCCGUUCUGACAGCACCUCCUGCACCUGCACCUCCCAUACUGCUGCACCUCCUACACUACUGCACUGCUGCACUUCCUGCACUCCUGCACUGCUGCACAACUGCACUUGCACCACCUGCGCCUCCUGCACUGCUGUGUUGCUGCACCACCUGCACUGCUGCCUGGAGCAGCACUGAGGAGCACCGUGUGCUCAUCUUCAUCUUCCAUCCAGAACUGGGCGCUGCCAUCAGGUUCAUUGGCUGUACCACGGGGUCUGGGGCUGUGGGGCUGUGUGCACGAGGAGCCAGCAGCAGCCGCUCAGUGCUGCAGAGCAAAGCCAAUUAGCAGGGCUCCAGCUUCCUGAUAAUAAUUCUUAGGAGAAGAUGAACUGUUCUGGAAUACAUUAUUGUCUUCAUUUCUUUUCAUGUGCAAAGAAAUAAAAAGCUUGCCCUUCACUGGAAGCUGGGGUGAGGACGAUCCAGUGGUAACGAGACAAGCCCCACUCAGAGGCGGCCCUGCCGUCUCCCUCCCAGCACACAGAAGGGGCUUCUGAUCACCUCCCACUUCCACUGAUGCCCCUAUAUACCAAGGGGCAGCAGCACAAAACCCCACAGUGCUGGGGCCUACGGUACCCAGGGGUACAGGGCAGGAGCCUCACACAGGGUGGAUAUGAAGGAGCAGAGGCUGUUCAGAUUGCAGUACCUGUAUGACAAUGUGUGCAAACUUAAUUACCUCCCAUUCACACCGCACAAAGUGCAUGGGAGGUAGGAGUGGUGUCCUUUGAUACCAGCUGGUGUCAGAAAAUAAUUUUAAUCUGCCUUACAACUAUAUAAUUAAAAGCGCUUAUAUAUAGAUGUAUCUACACACACACACGUGUAUCUCUUUCCUAUGCUGAUGGACCCACAGCUGUUCUGCCUGGCAGUGGCACUGACCCACAUGGCCGGAGCAGUGGGGCUGAAUUACUGCCGUGCCCCAACACAGAGCACUGAGCUCAGCAGUGCCAGGAGGAGGAGGAAGAGGCUAAAGCUCCUCUGAAGGGAUGGGGAGAUCUGUAAAUACAGCAGGUUAAAGGCUGGCAGCGUGACUGCGGUCUGUAUUUCAAGCAGAUGUUUCCCAUGUUUUGUAGUAUCAUUUUAUUGGUAAAUAAAAACCAACCAAAGACAAAGAGGCGUUGGGUGCUGUCUGUCUACAAUUCCAUGCAACCCCUUCAGGCACUGCUUCCAGCUUAGCACCCACCAGUGCAGAGGGGAUGAGCAUCUCCCAGCCCAGCACUCAUGGUCAGGCAGCUCCAGGCACCGCAGGAGCAUCAGCGCUGCCCUGAGCUCUGCACAGCACUGAGGCUCACUGGGCCAGAAAGCUUAAAUAUUCAGGAAGGAGUGCAGCUCACUGAGCAAGUGGGGCAUUAUUUCUGGUCUCUGUUUCUGCCUCAGGAGCUGCAUGUGCAUUUUCUAUUUAUUAAUGAAUGAAUAAAGCUCACAAACAGCGUUAUUUCCCCUCCAUAAGCAGCAGGCAAGCUCUCAGCACCCAACACUACGUCAGGCUGCAGCUCCCAAGCACUGCAGUGUGGGCUCUGCCAACCACAGCCCCACUGCCCCCACAGUUUGGCAAGGAAGCAGCAGUGGUGUUUAAUCAUAACAAAAUAAAGGCUCUGCUUUGAUUUCUUCCAUCAGGGUAACCAUCCCCCUCUGAGCUUCACCCACCAGUUGGUAUCCAGUCUUCCAAAGGUUCCUGUGUUUUUGAAGUUAAUGGAGUGCUAAACAUUAUAGCAGGACCUGGGUGCUGAACCCAGCUGCAAUCAGUUAAUUGAUUUGCUCCUUCAGGUGGCUCCUAUUAAAUUUACUCACAUCUCCCUGUGCAUAGUGUAUCUCUGGGUUCUUCUGUGGAGAUCAGGGCUGCUGAGUGGGGGGGGUUUGCUGCUCCAUCCUCACUACUGUCUGGGAUGCCAACGUUCAGCUCUCUAUACUCAGUAUCUCUCAGUACAGUAUUGCUGUGGUUCUCUCUCUGAGGGGAUGUGCUGGGUGGUCUUUGCUCUGCUGCUGUUCCCUCCUCCAAGCUGAAUCCACUGCCAUCCUGCAGCCAUGUUUCAGCAGUGUUAUAACUGAUAAUCUCCUCCAGGUUAAACCUUCAAAGGCAUCCCAAGUCGUGUGUUUAAAUGACAGCAGCAAAAAUCCCCCUAACUCCUUAAAGUUAAUGAUCUUCAUUUUCAUUUCCACAUAUUUCUCUCCACAUAAUAGCCAGGUGCUAAAUCUUCAUGAGAUUUUUAUAGUUUCACUGAAGGAAUAUUUGCAUAAUUAUUAGUGCAUAAUCUACUUUAAUAGUCCCCCUGAUUUUACUAUUAGAGCCAAGCGUGUGGUGUCAGCUCGCAGCCCUGGGCUCACAGCUGCCUCCCCGUGCAGUGCUGUGCUGCUGGAGCACAGUGUGCCAGCCAUGAUGCACUGUGAUGUGGGGCCUUGGCCGUACCAUGGUGAGGGGGAAGGGGAGGGAGCAUCGUGCUGCCCAGCCCCAUGAGUUUGUCACAGUAGGUGUGUUUCUUCAUGUUACGUAGGUGGAACACAUGGGAAUUUAAAGUAAGGACAUAGACCUGCAUCACUCUGAUUGAUGUGGGGAAACUUCCAGAGGCACUUGGGCCCAAACUCAGCAGUGCCUGCUGUGUGUGGGCAUUGCUCAGCGCUCAGUGGGUGCUGUGCUCAGCGGCUCUGCGGGCAGCUUGGAGCAGUGCGUGGUGUAGAAGGAGCCGUAGCAGCCACAAAUAGACUGCAGCUCCUUCCUGCCCCAUUUGGAAGCUUACCCACUGAGACUGACGUGAGAGCGCAGAGAAAGCAUCUCCUAAAAUAAGAGCAGUGAGGUGGGGGUGCUGUGAUGACAGCGAUUAUAUAGGGAGGAAACACAGAACUUCUAAGGCGAGACACCAACCUUCUCAUACCUUCCAGCCAGAGCACACUCGCUCAUAAAGUGUCAUUUCCAGAUAUUUUUUAGACCACUCUCAGAGAGUCUGGUAACUGUUCCCUUCCUUAGGGCUUGACAAGGACAGAGGUGGUUGAUACUGUGCUCAAAAAUGGACAGAAAUAUUCAGCUCAGCAGCUCCCAUCUGGAGUGAUGGUGUAGGGCUAAUCUAGACCAAACAUUGGCUUUUAUUAGUUACAAUUCUGACACCAGCAAUCCAGGUGUAAAUCAUACCUCCUCACAAAAGCCAAAGCCAAGACUUUCUGACUCAUAAAAGCUGGAGAACACAUAAUAAAAACAUCUCAAAAAAUAUAGGUAACAGUAUGAUGACAAUACUGUCUUGGGGCAAAUUCUUUGUCUGCACUGUUUCUGACCAUGUCAAUAUCCACUUAUUGAUACCUUUAGUCAAUAGAAUCAUGUUUCAUUAAACACCUCCUGGGCUGAGCUGGGCUGCUCCUGCUGCCCCACGUCCCCACAGGGAGACCUCAGCCACUGACUCCUUCAAUAACCCCAUUAGGUGCAGCUCCAAGCAGCGAUGGCUAGGAGAGGUCUGGAUUCAUCAUCUGAUGGUGUGCUGUUCUGAGCUGUGACGCCUCUCAGUUAUUUCAGAAGAUGUUGUGUGACACCUACACGUGGAUGCUCUGAGGCUGUGCUGUGCCUCAGCUCAUCCAUGGGCUCCAUAGGAGCUGUACUGGCCACGAGCACCUCUUUGCUGCUGACAUCAUCUCCAUGCUGCUCUGAGCCCCCACGCAGAACACCAGGUCUGCUCUCGCACAACAGCUGACAAACAGCAUCCCCUGUCAUCCUCCCAGCUCGAUACAGGCAGCAACAGCACAAGUCAGGGAUUUUUUUUGAACAGGACCUGUCAGAAUAAGAUGAUAAAAUGUUGCUGUCAUCUCCCCAAAUUGUGCCUACUGUAAUCUUCAAGUUUUUUCAACAGUUUUGAUGGUACCUUAUUUCCAUAAUAGCAGAUAAACAACUAUGUAGCACAGGGCUAUAAUUUCAUUGAUUGUUCCUGGCAACCUUGUAUGCUGUGACAGCUCCUGCAGCUCGAGUGAUUUGUCACUUGGAUAUCAAGAUGCAGCCCUCCGUCUUACAUGGGCCCAUACUUUAUGCACAGCCUGCUGAAACUUCCCUUCCCUAACGUGAAGGUGUGAGGAUCCCAGGGACAUGCUGCCUUGUUUCCCUGCUGCCUCCUUUCCCAUCUACCCCAGCAGUGCCUGCUGCCUCUGCGCACACCCACCUGCACCCAAAGUCCUCCUGGGGACAGCAGGGACAUGUGGGUGCAAAGUGGGAGUGCUGCCUCUGUGUCUGAGAAACAAACGAUCCUCCUUUGUGAGCGGCACAGCUGUAAGAAAUUAGGAAAUAAGUUCUGGAUAAAUAGAUUUAUUGGUUCAAUUUGGCUUUGCAUGGUGUGUUUGUAAAAUAUUUAUUGUUUUCCUCUACGGUGCUGGAAUGAGAACCAGUUGCACAACGUCUGGGUCUUCAUUAGUGCAAUAACACAUGCACGUCUGUGUUCUGCCUCCUCUUGUCCCUUCAUUAAGCUUUCCCUCAUGAUAAAUUGGCCUCAAUCGUUAGUUAAUGAUUGCCUCUUUAGUUCGGAGUCAGAUUCCUCAAGUUAGCGGUGCUGGUUGCACAUCUCAGACUGUGCACAAACCUGUAUGUGUUUUUCUGCUCCAUAUUUAAGCCAUUCCGCUAUUCAUCCCACAGCCCAUCAGAACAGAUAAUAAAGCACUUUGUGAACA